AUGGCGGUCGCGAAGGUCACCCCGAUGAGCAAUUCAAAAAGAAAAAAAAAAAAAAUCAGAAAAAACGCCUAUCUUUUUUUCCUGUUCUUGUUCCUAAGCGGGCUAGUGUGUCUCGACCCCCCAACCUUCUUCACUUCCGCGAAAGGCAUCAACGUAGACGAUACAAAUGGGGUUAACCGCCCGAAGGAUGAUAAACACUUAAGUGAAGAUAACCAGAAGAAUAAAAAGGGGGAAGACAAAUCGGAACAGUAUAAUAACAAUAAUCAAACAAACAAAAAUGAAAAUACAGGAAUAGGCUUCCUUGACUUAUUUAACACAAAUGAUGGAAAUGACAACAAAUUAAAUUUCAUAGAUGGUGCUUCCCUUGUAAGCCAUGCAGACAUAGUUAAAGAUAGCACUUUUAUAUUUGACGCUGUGAAUUAUUUAUUUAAAAAGUUGAAAGAGGGACCCGCAAAUGCAGGGAAUCCAGAUAUGCAUGGCUUACGACCUGGCAAGGAUGCCGUCAGUGCAAAUGAAAUUAAAAGGAUAAUCCUUAUGAAGCUGCUGAAGUGUGUGGCGGUGUUAAUUGUGCUGUACAUUUUUAUUCGAUUGACCUUCACCUUCAUCAAAAAACUUAUAAAUUUGAUCAUCCUGUUCAUUUUGAAACUUAUAAAGAUUUGUUGCUGUGGGGGAAGUUGA